AUGGCUGGUAAAAAGAAGGAGAUCAGUUUACAGAUAAAUAUCAAUACUGACGAUCAAUGGAGUGACAUUUUGGCAACGAAAGGGUUAAUAGUGGUCGACGUGUACCAGAAGUGGUGUGGACCCUGCCGCGCUGUCGUCAGUCUGUUCAGAAAAAUCAAGAAUGAGCUGGGAGACGAGCUGCUGCAUUUUGCCACAGCUGAGGCUGAUGGGAUUGAAGCUCUGGAGAAGUACAGAGGGAAGUGUGAGCCCACCUUUCUAUUUUAUGCGGGUGGGGAGCUGGUGUCUGUUCUGCGGGGGCCAAACACUCCUCUCCUGCAGAGGGUGAUACAGGAAGAGCUGAGCAAAGAGAAGAACGUCCUAGCACACGGGGCGGCACGCAGGGCGAAAUACCAUCUGCUCUUCUCUUUCUCUGCUUCUCCACCCUUCCAUCCAUCCAUCUAUCCUUCCUUCCCUGCUCUCCUCUCUGGCCGCUCUCUGUUCUUCAGCUUGCGGGCUCAGUACGGCACCGAGACUCUUUUGAACGCUCUACACGGCAGCAGCGACAGCGAGCAGGCCAGCAGGGAGCUGGCGUUCUUCUUCCCCAGCUUCAGGAUGGCGAUGGCGGACUCGGGCUCGGAGCGGGCCGGGCCGGAACAGGAGCAUGUGGAGAGGACGCUGGCGCUCAUCCGUCCAGACGCUGCCAGGGAAAACAGAGAGGAGAUUCUGGGCCGGAUCCAUGAAGCAGGAUUCACAGUGGCCAUGCAGAGAGAGCUCAUGCUGUCUGAGGAUCAGGUCAGGCAGUUCUACAGCGAUCAUCUGGAGCAGGAAUAUUUCCCCAGCCUGCUGGAGAGCAUGACCAGCGGGCCUGUGUUAGCACUAGCGCUAGUGAAGGAGCGAGCCGUAGAACACUGGAGAAACAUCCUGGGACCCAAAGACCCCAUCCAGGCUAAGACUGAGCAACCCAACAGUCUGCGAGCCCAGUUUGUCUCUGGCAGCUCCAGCAUUAAUCAGCUUCACGGCAGCGGAAGCUCAGAGGAGGCGGAGAGGGAGAUCGGCUUCUUCUUCCCACCGGAGGACACGCUGGCCGUCAUUAAACCUGACACUGAACACAAGGAGGAAAUCCUGGAGGAGAUUCGGGCCAGAGCAUUCACCAUCUCCCAUAUGAAGGACACGGUUCUGUCCAGAGAGAUGGCGGAAGAGUUUUAUAAAGAGCACAGAGACAAACCGUUCUUCAGUCAGCUGGUGGAUUACAUGUGUCGCGGCCCGUGUACGAUGAUGGUUCUGACGAAGGAGAACGCGGUGGACGAGUGGAGGGCGGCCAUGGGCCCGACGGACCCCAGCGAGGCGAGACAAACGGCCCCGGAGUCUCUGAGAGCGCGCUUCGCUAAAGACAUGCUGGAGAACGCCGUCCACGGAUCCUCCAACACUCAACACGCACACCAGAAGAUACACUUCAUCUUUGGAGACAUCAGCUCUGAGAGCGUGAUCAUCGACGGCGCUGCUUCUCCUCUGUUAGAAGCUGCUGAAGAAAUGAAGCCGGAGACGACAGAGAGUCAGCCAGCUUCCUCUGAUGAGCCUGAAGCACAAGAGACGCCCUCAUCCAGCCCGCAGGACGCAGGUCUUUAUUUCAAUGAGUGA